UACUUUAAAAAUAAAAUAAAAUAAAACCAUAGGACUUGUCGAUGCGACUUACUGUAAGUAUUAUAAUAAUAAUAAUAGUCAUUUUCAGUCUGGUUCCCACCUCUACCCGGGGGUGAACUAGCAGUAACUGAAUCUAUCAUUGCAAGCUGAAUGCGUUUUUCCUAUAUUUUACUACAAAACCGCUCUCGACUUCAGCUUACCCGUGUUCUUGGUCUGUUUUGUAAUUCGAUAAACUUUCCUCGCUGCUGUUUCCAUUGUUUUUUUGUUUUUUUAAUAAUAAUAAUAUGUACAGUAUGAUGGAACACGAGUUAAAGUCGCCGGGGCCCCCGCCGUCCCAUCACCCCGGCUCCGGGGUGUCACCUGUGGGAAGCGGCGUGGGAAGUAAUCACCCCGGGGCGAAGGGCGCUUGCCCUCCCGGCAGCGACCCCAUGGACAAAGUUAAGCGGCCAAUGAACGCCUUUAUGGUCUGGUCGCGGGGACAGAGACGAAAAAUGGCCCAGGAGAACCCCAAAAUGCACAACUCGGAGAUCAGCAAACGACUAGGAGCCGAGUGGAAGCUACUGACAGACGCAGAAAAGCGGCCCUUCAUAGACGAGGCCAAGCGCCUCAGGGCGCUGCACAUGAAGGAGUACCCAGACUACAAGUACAAGCCCAGGCGCAAGAGCAAGCCUCUGUUGAAGAAGGACAACCCGGCUGGAAAGUACCCCCUCUCGGCUGGCAACCUGCUUGCGGCGGCGGCGGCGCAGGGACCCGGAGGGAGUCCCAGAAUGGACAGCUACGGCUGGGGCCCCACUGGGGGGUACGCGGGCAUGCAGAGCGAGGCCCUUGGGUACCCCCAGCAGCUACACCGCUACGAACUGUCGACCCUGCAGUAUCCCCCUGGCAUGGCCCCAGCGCAGAGCUACCUGAGCGGUGCAAACUCAUACAGCCCCAUGUCUUAUGGAGGAGGCGGCCAGCAGGCCAGCUCCGUGAUGUCAAUGGUAAAACCAGAGCCGGUGUCUCACUCCCCCACUGGGGCCCCCAGCCACCACCGAGGGGGGAUGCAGGGGGACCUGAGAGACAUGAUCAGCAUGUACAUCCCCAGCAACGACACGACGGACCCCGCAGGACAGAGGGGCUACAGCAGCGUACAGCAGCACUACCUGAACGGGACUGUGCCCCUGACACACAUCUGAUAGGAACUCUGUGCCUUUCUCUUCUCUCUGUCUCUCUCUCACUCUCUCUCUCUACACCACACACGAAGAAGCUUUGUAAAUAGUCGUCAACACUUGUUUUUUGUUUGUUGGGUGGGAAAACCUAAUAUGUGUGUAAUAAUAAUAAUAAUAAUAAUAAUAAUAAUAAUAAUAAUUACAGAAAGACCCAAAUCUGAAGAAAACCAAGUUCACAAUUAUACAUUUAUUACCAACUAGAGACAGAGAGCCUUGUGAGAAACUGGCACUCUGUCUGUCUGUCUGUCUGUCUGUUUGUGGUGCUGAUAAGGUACCACAGUACUGUACUCAUACUAAUAUUGCACUAGUGAUGUCACUAACUAAAUGCUGUUAUACACCCUGCAAGUUUCAGUAUGCAGAAAUAUACUUUAGUGUGUGAUGACCUUAGUAUGAUCUGUAAUAACAAAUCCUCACCCACAUGACAGGUUCUUAUCACAUACUAUUUUUAGUUUGCAUAUCAAUUAAUGUCAAAGCUGGCAAGAUUAUAUCACCUACCCAAUGCAUUUCCUUAUAGCUCAGUUGUAGAUAAUAUGAUCUGUCACAUAAAACAUCUUAAAAGUUGUGGAUGCAUUAGCAAUCCUGCACCAAAGUGGGAGAAGGGAUGGCGGCACGGAGAACGGCACCUGUCCUGGAUGACGGCUGUCGUCAUGUAUUACCUGUGCCGCUGAAUAUACCGUUUUUACAUUUGCCACUUUCAUAACUCCUCUGAAUAACGUAAAGAUGACUGAAGUGGGCGCUCCGGUGUGUCAGGCACUCAGCAGAAAGACGACAGCAUCCUUGCCGAGGCGUGUCGACCAUUUGCUUAAAGUAAAUUUAAGGGGAUAAAAGUUGCUUUUUAAAAUGAGUUUUAAUUAUAAAAAUGGUUAGUUAAAGAACAACAGUGGAUUAUAAAAUCAUGAGAUACAGCAGCUUGAAGUGUACUGCACUGGUCCUGCUCCACACACACACACACACAUGCACGCACGCACGCACACACACACACACCGCUCGCAGAGUUACGUUCAAAAGUUUUGCCUCACUCUCACAGCAGAACGCGGUACUGGCGUGCAUGUGUGUGGAGCAGAUAAGCAAUGUUAUAGACACAGGGCAUUACCUGAAGCAAAAUGUAAUUGCAUUCAAAUUUCACAAUGUAACAGUAAAAUAGGUUUUUCUUGCAAAUAGCAGUAGACUUAUUUAUUUAUUUUUUUUGUAUGAUUUCUUACAGCAACGUUAAGCCCCUUUUCUUUGUAAAAUACAUUUUAAAAAAUAAAUUAAAAAAAUACUAACACACAGAAUUAACCAUUAAGUGCCCAAACCCCUGCAAACCUCACAAAACUACUGUUUUUUCAAGUAGGAGUUAAAAAUAUAUAAAUAAACAGGUCUAAAUAAUAUGUAAUUUAUAUUAAAACACAAAACGCUGUUUACACUGCAGAGACGGUUGUGAAAUUGGACAUUAUCUGUGGGUUUUUAUUAUAAUUUUUAGUAUGAUCAUUUUUCUUUUGUCUUGUAAAUUGUCGGAGCUGAGCUGUACAGAUUUUAAAAAAGCCCUUAUACUAAGGGUGAUGCUAUUAUAAACAAACAAAAAAUAAUAAUAAAGAAAACAUUUGUAAA